AUUCAUUUUCGCCUUUUUACCCAAUGCAACAGAUAUUUACCAACCAAGGAAAAUCGGGACGUAUGGAGACUAGAGAAAGAGAUUUACGCUUCACUUAUAGACAUAGUAAAGGAACAUCCUGAAGCUGCAUCUGAUAAAACGGCACAGAUAUCAUGGAGAGUGCUAAGACUGGUGAACUUGGGCCAUCCACACCCGACCAGUACAUAGUUGACAAUUGCAAGGAUGUGUACCUUGCUGGAUUUGAAGUGACUGCUGUGGCCACAUUAUGGGGUUUAGUUCUGUUGGCUUCAAAUCCUGAAUGGCAAGCUCGCCUCCGUGCUGAAAUUCUUGAAGUUUGUGGAGGCCAUGUACCAGACACCAAUAUGCUUGGCAAGAUGAAACUACUGAAGAUGGUGAUUCAAGAGGUGCUAAGGCUUUACCCAGGAGUUGCAUUUGUGUCAAGGCAGACCUUGAAAGAUGUGAAGCUUGGUGAUAUUUUGGUUCCAAAAGGUGUCAACAUUUGGAUCUGGAUACCAGCGCUUCACCAAGACCCUGAGUUGUGGGGAUCUGAUGCUGAAAAGUUCAACCCUGAGAGGUUUGCUAAUGGGAUUUCGGGGGCCUGCAAGUCUCCCAAUGCCUACAUUCCAUUUGGUGUAGGGACCCGAAUGUGUCCUGGCCAGAACUUAGCCAUUACAGAAAUGAAGAUCUUGUUUACUAUCAUUCUAUCACACUUCUUCCUCUCUAUCUCUCCUAAUUAUCUCCAUUCCCCUCGCUUGAAUUUGCUGCUAGAGCCCGAAUAUGGGGUGAAUCUCAUCAUCAGGAAGAUAUGAGAGAAUCAACCCCAAAGAAGAUGAAAUGAACCUACCAGCCUAAGAUGCAUAAGGGUUCAGGUAAUCUUCAGUGCUAAACUCAAGUAUCUUGAUACCAAGCUGUAUGUGCGGUGUGAAAUGCCUGGCGAUAUGUAUUUGGCUUCCUAUAAUGGCUAACAUUAUGAUAUCGAUGCCUAGCUAUGUAUUUUGUGAAAUAGAUUGUCUUGUGUAUUUGGUCUCCUGUAAUGUCUACCAUUCUGCUAGCGAUCCAUGCUAUAUAUAUGGCAAUAUGUAUUUGGCUUCCUGUGUUGGCUAACAUUAGGAUAUUGAUGCCUAGCUAUGUAUUUUGUGAAAUAGAUUGUAUCGUG